AUGUCAAUGACGCCGACUAGACAGGAAGCUGGGAAAUCGAAAACAGAGAUGACACAUGUAGAUGUUGUUAUCGUUUCAGCAGUCAGGACACCGAUUGGUUCCUUUAAUGGCUGUCUUUCCACCUUAGCUGCCCAUGAAUUGGGAUCAGUAUGCAUCAAAGAGGCUCUCCAACGAGUUAACCUAAAAGGAGAUGAUGUUUCAGAAGUUAUUUUGGGACAAGCACUCUCAGCUGGACAGGGACAAAACCCAGCCAGACAGGCCAGUGUUAAGGCAGAUAUUCCAGUGUCUGUGCCUGCCUGUGGAGUCAACAUGCUGUGUGGGUCCGGACUUCGGGCCACAGUAAUGGGAGUACAGGCUAUAAAGUCGGGGGAUGCCCAGGUGGUGGUUGCUGGAGGACAAGAGAGUAUGAGUAAGGCCCCACAUUGUGUACAUAUGCGCUCUGGGACAAAGUUUGGUGAUGUGUCUAUGACUGACACCAUGCUGUCAGAUGGGCUGGUUGAUGCCUUCAAUAAAUAUCAUAUGGGAAUCACAGCUGAGAAUGUGGCUAAACAAUGGGCAGUUACCAGAGAAGACCAGGAUGAAUUUGCCCUCAACUCUCAACACAAAUGUGAAGCUGCUCAGAAAGCUGGCCAUUUCAACAAUGAAAUUGUUCCAGUGACAGUCAAAAGUAGAGCAGGUCUGACUGUGGUUGACAAAGAUGAGUUUCCAAGGGCGGGCUGUACUCUGGAGGGACUCAAGAAGUUACGUGCAGCAUUUAUAACAGAUGGUACUGGUACAGUCACACCAGGCAAUGCCUCUGGACUAAAUGAUGGUGCUGCCUGUGUAGUAUUAAUGGAUGGAGUUGUGGCAGAAAAGCGAGGUCUUACCCCAAUGGCUCGCGUGGUUUCCUGGGGACAGGCUGGAGUUGAUCCCACUGUUAUGGGGACAGGACCAAUACCUGCUACGAGAAAGGCGUUGGAGAAGGCAGGUUGGAGUAUUGAUGAUGUGGACUUAUUUGAACUGAAUGAAGCAUUCGCUGCCCAGUCAGCUGCAGUGGUUAAGGAACUAGGCUGUGAUCCCGGUAAGGUAAACAUCAAUGGUGGAGCUAUAGCUUUAGGUCACCCUAUUGGAGCUUCUGGAUCUCGAGUGCUUGUCACUCUCCUCCACACCCUCCAUCGAACAGGGGGUAAAAAGGGUGUGGCUGCUCUGUGUGUGGGUGGGGGUAUGGGUAUAGCCAUGUGUGUGGAGAGGAUGUAAACAAUACAUGGCUGUAUAUUGGAACAUUAUUGUUUUUUUGUUUUAACUUUUCAUUUGACCAACUGGUAUGUAAAUUUGUCACAAAUUGGUGUUCAGAAGUGGAUUAGACCAGAUUUUGCUAGUAGAAUUCAUUAUUGGUAAAUGGUUAGUGACUAAGAAUUUAAAAUAUAGGAUGUAGCUAUUUGAUUUUAAGGAUAGCCUCCCCUGUUUGUAUGACUUCCUUACACUAUUAAAUCCAUUGCAAUUAUUUUAUGAAAAAGCUUGUCAGUUAUGUUUCAUUCUUCACAGUAUUUAUAAUUACCAAUUGCUAUCGCUCUAUGCUCUUAGCUCUUUGCUUCAGUGCAAAUACGUUUUUUUCAACUGUUGUAUUUGAAAAUUCUGUGUACAGGCACAUAAAAAAUGACAACAGACUGAUGCUGCUGAUUGUGUUAAGAUUGUUAGCCAAUAAGGUUCCCAGAACAAACACUUUUAUGAUCCAGAUUCAUUUGUGUUAAAAUCUCUGUUGUCUAAUAAGAAUGACAAACAUCAACAAAUCAUGUCAGAUAGUAUGAUCAAAGUUUUGUUAAGUCCUUGAGCACAUAUAUUGAGAAGAAAAAUGUAAUAAAUCAGGACUUGAUUGACAUUCUAAUGAGAAUUUAAAUGGCAAUGAGAACUUAUUGUUUUUUAAAAGCAAUUAAUCUGAUUCUUCCUUGAUACUAGAGGAAGAGUCACAAUCAUUGCCUUGAAGAUCUAUUCCUUAGGUCACCCUGCUACCUAGGGUUAUACUACAAACUGUUUUUUAUAAUGCCACUGAAAUAUAUAAUAUUUACCAUAUCAAAUUUCUCCUAUCUGUGAUAUAUUAAAUGUGAUGGUAUUAUGUACAUAUAAUCAGAGUUUUAGUUAAUGAAGGAACAUCCUCUGAUAUGUAAAGUAUAUAUAAAAUAUUUGUUUAUGUAAAUUAAUGUCUCCAGAACACUCUCAUAUUUGCGGCAGCAUUCAUAUACGUAGGUAGCAGUACACAGUUUCUCAUUGUGGCCAUGGAUGACAUUUUUGUUCAUUAGAUUACCCUAUUAUAUAGAUUUUGAUUAAAAUUUAUAAAACAAAUCCAUGCUAAAAUUGGUCUUGUCAUGUUGAAGUGGUCAAUGUGGGGUUUCAUUUUUUUCAGAAUGAUAUUUUAGCUUUGUGUUGGAGAUUACUAUUUGGGCAAUCUUAAAUCUACACACCUAAACAGGAAAUGAAAUUUUCGUAGUGUUUACUCAUGGUCAUGUUGUCAUGUUGCUGAAAUGUAAGCAGUUUAUCACCAUGACAGUGUUAAGACAGGUGUUAAGAAAUAAUUUUUUUUCUAGAAAGUUGUAGUGGUGUUAGGUUGGAAUUAGCAGUAUUUUUGCAUUUUUAGCAUUUUUGAGGUAGUUACCAUGGCAAUCACAUGUCAGAAAUCGGAGGAAAUUUUUGAUUUACACAAUUCUUAUCUCUCUACUAUUAAUAAAAUUGUUAUGCAAUUUAUAAAUAUUUAUACAUGUAAGGAUGUAUUUCUCAUAACCAAACUACCAAACCUGUAUAUCCCAAACAUGACCAAUAAUUUCAGGAAAAGUAAGUUAAAUGUUUCCUGCUUCCUGAGUUUUAUUGAACAACGUACCUGUAAUUUUAUUGAACCCUGUACCUGUAAUAAUGAUUAGAGAUGUUCCUAUGAGUUAUAUUUGUCAGAAUUUGAAAAAGAGAUUUUAUCAAUUUAAUUGAGAUUAUGAUAACACAAUGAAUGAGAUGUGGAGAUAGAAAAGAAUUUUAAAGUUUGCCUCAUCAUUUACAAUCUUUGAGACUGUAUGUCCUCCAAGUCACAAAAUCAAAAUUUGACAAUCAUGACCAGUAUUACAGUACAUUUUCAUCAAAUGCACACAUAUUCUGUGUCUUAAUUUGUUAACUAUAAGAAUCUGAAAUAAUUUUCAAUGCUGAUUAUUAAACUAUAUAUAUUUUCCCAAUGAUUCAUAUGACCAGAUGUUAUUGUAGGAGUCAAAUUUACUACUUCCUGUGUAUAUUUGUAUUGAAAGGCUAUAUUGGUGAAAGUGGAAGGUUUUUGAUAUAUAACCUGUUAUUGUGUAGUCCAAAGGGUUCUGAUUAUCUAUCUACAGUUUUAUUUUUGUUUUAGACUGUGAUUGGGGCAAAAACAAAACCACAGAUAAAUAGUCAGAACUCUUCAGACUAGCUAUUAUGCAGACAAUUUUUAUGAUGACUGACUUGUAAUAGGGAUUAUUUGUACCAUAAUGGGUGUAAAAAAAAUAAA